UAAUCAUCUGGCCACCCUGUUGUACAGGAAGUGAUGUCUAAAGCGGCUGUGAUGUCAAGAUGCACGAACACGCCUGGUGGCGCCGUUGGCGACGCGACUCGCGAGUGUUUUCCUAAUAAUGGCAGGGAUGUCGGUGAUGUCUUCGUGAGGUGGUGAGGUGUCUCGACUGUUGCGAGGCACGAUGUGGGUACGGUUGAAGUCAUCCUGGAACAAUAACUUCGUCGUGCUUUUGACGCUGUUGGACUUUGCCGUAUGUGCUGUGCUGGCUGAGAAAACGGCAGGUGUCCGGCAAGACUUUCUUAGGUAUGAACGAGUACAUCCCAAAGUUAUCAGCCAUGGGCGGAGGCGUCGGGACGUUUUGAGUUUAAGAAAUACUACUCAUCAAGAUGUUCUACAGGUUAUGUUCAAAGCAUUUGGUCAGCCUUUUACGUUAGACCUGCGAAUGAAAAAAGACUUGCUGCCAUUAAAUUAUUUUGAGAAGCACCACGCGAACAAUAGUCACAUCAUAGAUCACCCCAUGAAAAUGACCAACAAGCACUGCUAUUAUCACGGCACUGUACGUGGACGGAAUAACUCUUGGGCUGCUGUUAGCACUUGUAAUGGGCUCAGUGGAGUUGUCUUUGAUGGGAAGGAGACUCAUUAUAUUCACCCUGACCUUCCCGAGCAUUUGUUUUUUAAGGCAUCUGAUAUGAAAGAAAAAUCUUGGAGAUGCGGAUUCAAUGACUCGCUGAACCUGUGGGGUGAUACUCGUUUUCGGGCAAAGAGGUCUGUUGUGAUACAACCACCAUUCAAAAGUAAUGCAAGAUCUCGCUAUGUAGAGCUUUUAAUUGUCAAUGAUAACAAAGAGUUCAUCAAGAUGAAGCGAAACAAAGAAGCCGUGUUUGAAAGAAGCAAGCAAAUAGCAAACAUAGUCAAUGCGCUCUAUGCCCCGCUAAAUAUAUUCAUUGCAUUGGUUGGAGUUAUUGUUUGGACAGAGCAUGAUGAAAUAGUCAUGUCUUCAGACGGUGAUGCGACAUUAACAAAGUUUUUACAAUAUCGACGAGAACGGCUUGCUCGAGAGCAUCCAAAUGACAAUGCUCAGCUAAUAACAGAUAUUGUGUUGGACAGCAGUGUUGUUGGAAAGGCACUCAAAGGACCUAUCUGCACAUACGAAUACUCUGGUGGCGUCAACAAGGACCAUCAUGAAGUGGUUGGUGUUGUGGCGACUACUGUAGCCCAUGAAUUGGGCCACAACUUUGGCAUGGAGCAUGAUGACAAGGACACUAAAUGCCAGUGCCCUGAAAAGAGGUGCAUAAUGGCAUCAGCAACCAGCAAUCCACCCAGCCCAAGCCAGUGGUCAUCCUGUUCCAAGCAGUACUUGCAGUCGUCAUUUGAGCAGGGCAUGGACUUCUGCCUUUGGAACUUGCCUGAGGACAUCAUGGGUCCCGUAUGUGGGAACGGGUUCCUUGAAGAGGGCGAGCAGUGUGACUGUGGUCCACCAGAGUUCUGCAAAAAUCCAUGUUGUGAAGCAUCGACUUGCAAGUUCAAAGGAAAUGCUGCAUGUGCUAUUGGAGCUUGCUGUGACAUUUCUACAUGCCAGGUCGUGAAGGCUGCCACACUGUGUCGAGAUGCCAUAACAGAGUGUGACCUGCCAGAAUACUGUGACGGGGUUUCAGAGUUCUGUCCCGUGGAUGUUUUUGUGCAAGAUGGAACAGAAUGUGGAGGUGGCAAGGCCUACUGCUUUGGUAAGCAAUGCCGCUCUCACGAUGACCAAUGCCAGCUACUGUGGGGUUCCAGUGGACGUAUGGCUGACCAGCGGUGUUUUGAACGCAAUGAUGACGGUGAAGUAAAUGCAAAUUGUGGAUACAAUCGCCUGAACAAGACAUACAAGAAAUGCAACAAGGAGGAUGUGAUGUGUGGCACACUCCACUGCGUGCACCUGAAUGAACGGCUAGAGUUCGGCAUAGAGUCUGCAGCUGUCCAGUCCAAAUUUUACAUAGAUGAAAAUGAUAAACGGUUUACAUGCCGAUCUGCAAUUGUGGACUUGGGCCUAUUCACAGCUGAUGUUGGCCAGUCACCAAACGGUGCAAAGUGUGGCACCAACAAGGCUUGUAUGAACCAAAAGUGUGUUCCGCUUGAAAAACUAUAUGGCAUCAAAUGCCCUUAUGACUGUUACAAUAACGGGGUUUGCAACAGCCGUGGGAACUGCCAUUGCAUGGUGGGUUACGCACCUCCAUACUGCAAUUAUCCAGGGCCUGGUGGCAGUUCGGACAGUGGUCCUGCAUCAGACCCCUCAGCUGGUUACAGUUUUAUGGUGUCCAUGUACAUAAUUUUCCUGUGCAUCGUGCCUCUGGCUGUGAUCACCAGUUUCUCCAUCUACUACUUCCGGCGUCAUCUGAAGACGUGGUGGAUGACAAAGGCUCGCAAGGCAGCAAUAAAGAGUCGUGCCCAGCAGGUGGGCCUUGACCGGCGUGGGGGUCGGCCCCUGUCCAAGUUCAGCAUUGAUGCUGAGGCUAUCAAGGCACUCAACAUCUCGGGCCCAGUAACCCAGCACAUGGCUCCGCAGGAGCCACUAGUACCCAGCGCGCCACCAUUGCCACCAUCACAGCACCAGAAGCCACACCGCAGUGUGAGCCGUGAGCGUGGAAGUUUUCGCAGCGUGGACAUCUCUGGACCUGUGCUGCAGAGCUCAAGCAAUAGCCACAUAGCUCCAACCCGGCCAGCACCUGCCAGACCUGCACCUGCCCGGCCUGCCCCAGGGCGCCCUGUGAGCGUCCAGCGUGCACCCUCCUGUCCAUCACAGGGGAGCAUGCGUGGACGCUCACGUGUAGCACGCUCGGCAAGCCAGCGCAGCAAUGGUCCUCGGCCAGCACAUCCACCGCCGCCAAGACCUCCUGCACCCCCUGAUGGGUCCCUGUAUGACGACUGCACCGCAACUCUUGAGUUUGCUGGCACUCCUCUUGCCUUUGUGCAUGAUGAUACGAACAAUUCGCAACGCCCACUUCCAAAUAGGCCACUGCCUGCGCGUCCUGCACCGGUCAACGCACGACCUGCAACAGGAGUGGCUGCACUUGCACAGAAGUUUGAGAGAAAUGCGGCAGAGUCUUCACAGCCACUUCAUGGGAGGGCACAGCCCAUGGCAGGGCAGCGGUCUCACACAACACUUUCUUGAGCAUUUGUCAUGACACACUGGCAUUGUACAUUGCACCAGCAUGUUGUUCCUCGGCCUAGAUUGUGGACAUUUCAGAGAUAGAGAGCAAGGCACCUGGGGCCAUGUUUUCUAGUGAUUUUUUUCGCAUUUUCCAUUCUUCUUGCCCCUCUUCACUGGCUUGCGUGAUCACUCGCUGAUAAGAAAUGAAUAGAAUUGGAGGAAAAGAAUCCUUUCAAAAUAUGAACCGUGUGCAUCCUGUACACCCAUGGAUGUAGGCUGGAACAUUGCUAUGCAGCUGCUGUUUGCUAUGGAAGCUUAUUGCAGAUCCCUACUGCUAGUGCAUAGUCUACGUAACAGUAUUGAAGCCUUGCAGAUUUCAUUAGAAAUUAGUGGCACUCUUGAAAAAGCAAGGGACCAGAUGCUGCUAAUUAAUGUCUUGUUUGGUGCUUCCCUUUUCAUUUGGACACAUGCAGAAAGUAGCAUCCUGCAGUAAUCUUGCCUGUCAACUAUGCCUAAAGAGAUGUAGUGUGACAUGUGUGACAAAACCAGUUGUGUGCAUUUGGUGCACAUUAUGUGCUUAAAUUCAAAUAAUUGCAUCCUGGUACUUGCGUUGCAACACGACAACUUUUUACUGGCAUUAGUUAUACAAUACAUUCAAGGUACUGAACUUGACAAAAAGGGCACAGUGCCAGUCACAUAAUUUGUCUCUGCUCUGCAUGGAGUUUCUUUCAAGCAUGAAUGGCAUUGUAAGGAGAAGCACUCUUUAUUUUGCUGGAAGGUGCCUCGCUGCAUGCGUUCUGACAUGUUAUGAAAUGGUCAUAUGGUCUGCUUAAAUGCAUGCCAACUAUUUCAUUGUUGGAAUGAUUUUGGCCAUCUCAUGCACUAUAACUUUCAAUUACCAAUGUAUUCCAAGUCAUUGCCCAUCCCUGAGAGAUACCUAGCCCCCUUUUCCUGCAAAAUGUGAUUACAGUAGAACCUCGCUGAUAAGUUUUUCACGGGACCUUAAAAAAAGAAUGUAAGAGCCGGGAAACGCAAGAGUCGAGAAAUAGGAAAAAUUGAGAAAUGAGAGUAGUGUUGAACUGCACACAAUAUUAUUUUAAUUCUUACGUGUGAAAAAGAGUUGUAGUUCCACCCGACAGCCGAAGCAUUAAUUGCGAUAGCAAAUUAGUAGACAGCUAUACAAUGUAAGGAUAGUAGUUUUUAUCGUCCGUAUAAACUUGUAAACAUUCGCUUAUUAACUAUAUUAACAAGCAUUGUGUCAGCGCCCACAGGCAAACAUGAACACAUCACACGCGAUGAGCGCGGACACGCGCUGUCAAACGCUGGCGUGAGGAAGCGCCGCUGCAGCAGUGAGCGAAGUGACCUUCGUGCUGUUGUCUAUCGCUUCAACACAAACUGAGCGCCGAGGACACACAGCAUGCACAAAGCUACGAGCCGCCAACGCACCUACACUGCCUAGACUUUGCUCCCAACACAGAUCGCUUUCAAGAUACGGCCUGCGCGCCGCCGCGCAGUACGCAGUUGAUGCUAGAGUACAACGCUGCUUGCUAUCCCUCUCCCCCCCCUCCCCCUUCGCUCCCUCGCCGGUGCGUUGAGCGCAAUGGAAGAAGGCGCACUCCCUCCCUGCUUUUCUUUGUUGCGCGCGCGAGAUUUAGACGCGGUCGUCGGCUCCCCUCGCACGCUUUCUCUCGCACAUACAGCAUACGGCGCGCGGCGACGGCGUUAUCGCCCUUGGACUUUAUACGGAACAUCUAUGCGCCAAAACUAAUUUUAGGGACCACAACGUGUCAUAGACACCAUUUUUAGAUAGCAAAUACGGAUCUCAAAGGCCAUACUUUUGCUGGCGGAAACCGAAAAUACGUCAUAGGUGUCGCCCCCGGCACUUCGGGUGGCCAAUGCCAUCGUCAAGCCACCAAGCCAAGCGACAUGAAAAGUCAAAAUGGCCGCUCGGGCCAGCGCGGGGUGGCAGUUCGCAACGUAUGAUGCGGGAACGAUCCCACAGUUGCGAUGCAACAGCGGGGUUACCAAUGCAUUGGUUCUAUGGGAGCUGUGCUGGGACCGGCCGAAAACGACGUAACAGCCAGGAAAAUGCAGCACCCGUGUA